UAGUUCCUUGAAAUGACCCAUGUGACGAUAAUAUUUGUAUUGUACUCACGUACAUUUAAAAUAGCAUCGCCGCUUGGUAACCGGUUAGUUGGAGAUUAGCAUUCGUGAAGUGUAUAACAACAUGAAGCUGAUAAUAUUCUGCUUGUUUCCCCUGGUCUUUGUAUCAAAGGCCGAUGAACGGAGUGUAGAGGAUAUUCUACACGAUGGCAACAAUGAAUUCACAGCCAAAAUGUUUACGGAGGUUGUCAAAUCUAAUCCGGGUAAGAGUGUAGUACUAUCUGCAUUCUCCGUUUUGCCACCACUCGCACAACUUGCUUUAGCAUCUGUCGGUGAAUCGCACGAUGAACUUCUAGCAGCGAUCGGAAUGCCAAAUGAUAAUGUCACCAAAGCAGCUUUCUCACAAUCGAAUGAAAGAUUAAAAUCCGUAAAAGGAGUUACGCUUAAGACAGCCAGCAAAAUCUACGUCGCUAAAAACUUUGAACUAAAUAGUGAAUUUGCUGAUCUCACUCGUAAUGUUUUUGGAUCGGAAGUGGCAAAUGUUGACUUUAACGAAAAUGUUAAAGUGGCCAAUGAAGUUAACCAAUGGGUUGAAGAUCAAACCAAUCAUCGCAUUAAAGAUCUCGUAGAUUCUUCGUCUCUUGAUGACACUACAAGAGCUCUCUUGGUCAAUGCUAUUUACUUUAAGGGACUAUGGGAGAAUCCUUUCAGGAAAGAAUUAACGCGAGAAAAGGAUUUCCACGUUACCAAGGACAACGUUGUCAAAGUUCCCACCAUGUACAAUAAGGAUCAGUAUAAAUACAUUGACAGCAAGGAACUCGAUGCACAGGUACUAGAACUGAAAUACGAAGGAGGAGAUUCUGCCCUAUACGUCAUUCUUCCACAUGAAGUUGAUGGCAUCACGAAAUUAGAGGAAAAACUUAAAGAUCCAAAACUUUUGGAUAAUGUUAUUGGUGAUAUGUACGAAACAGAAGUUGAGGUUUAUCUUCCCAAAUUUAAAAUUGAAACAACAACGGACCUAAAGGAUGUUCUUGAAAAGAUGAAUGUAAAGAGAUUGUUUAGUCCUGAAGACGCUAGACUCGACAAUCUGUUAAAGUCCGCUGGUCAUUUGUAUAUUAGUGACGCUAGACAAAAGGCAUUUAUUGAAGUCAACGAAGAAGGUGCUGAGGCAGCAGCAGCCAAUGAAUUUGGUGUAAAUCGUAUCGGACCACUUCCUCAAGUCAUCAAGUUUAAAGCGGACCAUCCAUUUAAAUUCUAUUUAUAUAAAGAAUAUGUUACUUUAUUUACCGGAGCCUAUACCAAAUAGAUAUAUGUAUAAUGUAGGAUAUUUUUCUGGUAUGGAGUAGUGAUAAACAUCAUUUAAGUACUUAACAUAUCACCUCGUCGGCAUGGCUAAUAUUGACUAAAGAGGACUGAAUAGGUUAGACUUUAACCAACUUUAAAUCAUUAAUAACGUAAUAAUAAUAAUCAUCAUAAAUCAUUUAAAAAUUGGAAGAUAACGUAUUGUUGUAUUAAAUUAACCAUUAGUUUAACGCAUUUUAAUAAACGGUGGAAUUCCAUUUACGAUAUACUUAAUUCUUUAGUAGCGUAUUUCUCUUUCUACUUCGAUGACAAAAGAAAACAACGAAUGUUAAAAUAAAUCUGUGAGGAUGUCGAAAAUAAUAGAAAAAAUACUUAUUAUAUGUCAUUCAAAGUUUCUUUAAUAAGAACAUGUAUUUAAACGACAACUACAUUUAAUUUUUUUAAAUAAAUACUUUGUUUUUUAAACGUU